AUGUUAAAUAAUAAUAACCCUAAUAAAGUUUCAAUACAUGAUGGAGGGGUUGAUGAGAAUAAUUUAAUUGAUGAUUUUGUAUUUCUUGUCAGUCUACUUGGAAAUGAUUUUAUGCCAAGAUUGAAGCAUAUUGGUGAGGCAUCUGUUGAUCUAUUGUUUCAAGCUUAUAGUACAUAUUUUGAUAUGGCCAAUGGCUCUUACAUCACAAAUAAAAGACAAAAACAACAACCGAUAAUCGAUUUCAACAGAUUACAUCAAUUCUUUGAGUGUUUGGAAUUUAUUAUCAAUUCCAAUCCAUUAAGAAGAAGAAGUAGUCGAAUGUCAGAUAAUCUUGAUCUUGACGAAGCAACACUCUCAAAUCGAGCCAAUGACUACGUAAAAACAAUGUGUUGGUCAUUUCUAUAUUAUAAUGGAGAUUGUCCCAGUUGGAGAUUUUUUUAUCCUUAUCACAAAUCACCUACCAUUCGAGAAAUUUUGAAAUAUGUGAAUCCUAGCGAAUUCAAACCAAAAUUCACUCCAGAUUGCCCAAUGAAUCCAUUUGAGCAAUUAGUUUGCAUCAUACCACCAUCAAAUCAACAACAAAACACAAAUGAAGAAUUAUCGAAUUAUCAUGAAUAUUUAAGAUAUUUAAAUCAUUGUCCCAGUUGGAGAUUUUUUUAUCCUUAUCACGAAUCACCUACCAUUCGAGAAAUUUUGAAAUAUGUGAAUCCUAGCGAAUUCAAACCAAAAUUCACUCCAGAUUGCCCAAUGAAUCCAUUUGAGCAAUUAGUUUGCAUCAUACCACCAUCAAGUAACUAUCUUCUACCUGAAUCUUUACGUGACCUACUUACAAAUCCCGAGUCACCUCUGAAGGAUUUUUUCCCGAAAACAUAUCAAACAAAACGUAAUGGUGCCGCAAUCUUGCCAUUUAUUGAAGAAGAAAUUCUGUUAGAUUCUGUGAAACAGAGAUAUCAAUACAUUGAUAAGAAUGAAUUAGAGAAAAAUUCAUUAGACGGAAAAGUUCAUAUUUUUUCUGGUAGUAAAUCGACAACUUAUCCAAUAAUACAUUCACUUUGUAGAAGUUUAGAAAAUAGAUUUACAAUCCUUGAUAAUUCCAUAAUUUAUGGCAAGUUGAAUCAUGGUGGAGACAUGCUUAGAACAAUAAAAACACCAGUUGAUGGAUGGAACCAAAUAUAUCAUAAUUCAGUAGCAUUUGCUGAAUACAAUUUACCAAAUCAAGCCACAGUUUUCUCUCAUGAUUUAAUAAA